AAUGUUGUUUUCGAAUUGAAUUUAAACUGCUAAUUAAAAUAUGGCAGUGAAUAAGAACAAGUGUUUUACAUGUUUGAGGGGACAGGAAUUUAAAAUGGUCUCGAUUUUCGCCUGCGAUUUUGAGGAGAUGUCUCACUGGGACAAGCUGGUUACUUGUAUACCUAAUGUGACAAAAAAAGAAGAUAUGGUUAUAUGUAACAUAUGUUUAAAAUAUUUAGACACCGCAUACAAAUUUCACAUACUUGUUUUAAAAAAUCAACAAAUAUGGAAAAGCCCGGAAUUAUCUAAAUCUAAAUUUUCUGAGUCGCCGGUAAUCGACAGUGAAAUGUUUAAAUGUGAAGAAGAACUGGAACAAAUGAUGGAGUCAACUUUUACCCAAUCAAUUAACGAAAUAACAAACAAAAAUGAAGACAAUUUUGAAUUAUUCUGUAACCCAAAAGACGUUGAACUAGAAAUAGAUAAAUUUAAAAAUGAUGAUAACAAAGAUAUUGAAAUUGCUAACCCCAACAGUGAAAAAGUUGUAUUACCGGAAUUUUUUACUUGUAAUUUAUGUCAAACCGAGUUUGAUAAGGCAUUAAAAUACAAACAACACAUGAAAAACAUUCAUUCCAUAGAACAAAAAUUUUUGUGCACGUUCUGCCAAAAGUCGUAUACGAAAUUCUACCGCCUGAAAGAGCACCUAACAAUCCACAACGCCGACAAAACGUACAAAUGCGGCACGUGCGACAAAAGUUACCAGAGACGGUCGUCCCUAAACCGACACAAAAAGAUCCACGAAAUCGGCAAGAAAUCCAGAAAAACGCCGUACCUCUGCAACAUCUGCGGAAAGAGUUUCCCGUACUCGAACGGGGCGAAACGUCACCUCCGCACCCAUACAGGUGAGCGCAAGUACCAGUGCAGUUUGUGCGACAAAAGGUUCGCACAAACGACGCACCUGUACGUGCACAUGCGUGUGCACACGGGGGAAAAGCCGUACGUCUGCGACUUCUGCGGCGACCGCUUCUCGUUUAAUUCCUCCUUCCUGAAACAUCUGAAGCACCACCAGAAAAACACGAGUAUUGCGGAAAUGGAACCGAAAAACAGGCAACCAGUAUCUAGUGAAGACUCUUCUGAUUUGGUUAAUUAAUGUGGAAAUUAACAAUAAUUUUCUGAAUGUCAUUAUUAUCAAUUGUCCAAUAAGCAGUGUUCACAGUUACAAUAAAUGUCUAUAGAAUAUUUUAUUUAAAUAAUUUUAAUAUACAGUGGUGGAAAAAAGUAUGGAAUAUUUAUUGCUUACAAAUGUUUCUUAAUGUUGGAAAUCUGAACAAAUCUAAUUUACUGUAAGAUUGGUCCAUUAAUCACAAUGAUCAUUAUAUUCACAGGUUUUUACUUUUUUUCUAAUAAAAAAUCAAUUUGGUCUGCAAAAAAGUAUGGAAUAUGUUAUUAAUAUUCAUUAAAAAAUUAAUAAUAACUCAGAUAUUUCAAUAUUUUGUGGCGUAGCCUUUAAUUUAAAUCAACAGGAAAUUAUUGUCACUGCUCUUGCAUGUUUCGAAAAAGUUCUUGUUUCCUUUUGAUGUUUUUUUGUUUAAUAAUUUUAGUUGUAUGUUUGGGACCAUUGUCUUAUCGAAUUAUCCAACAAAGUGGCAUCUCUUUCUUGGCAAAUAGAAACAUGCUGUGUUCCAAUAUGUCCCUGUAUUUAUAAAGAUCCAUCUUACUCUCCACUUGAAUCGAGGAUCCAACUCAGUGGUUCCUUUACCAUGUUUAACUAUUGGAAUCUUUUAUUUACACAAAUAUUCUGCUACACGACCCAAACAAAUUAAAUUUACUUUUAUCACCCUAAAGGAUAAUUUUCUAUUUUUCCAGAGUCCAAGACAAGUGAGAUUUUGCAAAUGUCAGGCGGGACACUCUUAUUCUUUGAUAGCAGUGGUUUCUUAACUACUUAACAACUUUUUUCUUAAAUUUAAGUGAAAAAUAAAUGUGUUUAAAUGUUACUAUGUGGUAACCUUGUCAAGAAUUUAAGUACAAAUGACCGAAAAUAAAAUAAUAUUCCAUACUUUUUUUCAAGUCAAAAACGUAUCCGAUAAAAAGACCUAAAGAGAAAACGAUAAGCGGCAAUAUUAGAUUAUAAAAAAUCCCAUUUUUAAAAAUAUUCCAUACUUUUUUCCACCAUUGUAUAUGUAGUGAGUGUACAUAAUUUCUUCUAUUUUAUUUAUGCAUAUUGUAAUUAUAAAACUAUGUUAUUAUUAUUUAUAUUUUAUUUGUAAUUGUUUUAUUUUGUAAAUAUUGUUAAUUAUAUUACAUGAUGUUUAUAAUAAAUUAUUGAACAUUUUUUAA